AAUAAAUACACGGAAAAUAGUCCCGGUAUACUUUAUAGUGAGUUGAAGUUGUAUGAAAUUCAAAUUUAUUUAUUUAUUUGGCGGUGUGGAUAUUGUAUGGUAAAAGGAGCACCAUAGCGAUUAUGAAAUGGUACUUAACCUGAAUUUACACCCCGUGCCAGAGUCAGAUUUGUAUAACACAACAAACAGAUAUAACGAUACCAAUAUGGUUUCUAAGAGUGAAGCCGUAAACCGAUCCGUUUUCUCGGAUUGUUCUGAGGAUGCCAAGAACAAGAUUGUAGAUCUCCUGCGUGAAGAUAAGUUCAGUGAAGGAGAUGUAGUUGUGCAGCAAGGUGACCAGACCGGACGUCUGUCCAUCAUCUCAACCGGAAAAUUUUCCGUCACUAUGUCCGGAUCUGCAGGCGAAGAGGUCCAAGUCGAUGUGCUAAAGACUGGUGAUUUCAUCGGAUUGGGUUCGCUAUUCUGCGGCACCCCUCACUCGGCCACCGUCACAGCCAGCGAACCCGCUGUCAACUACUCGCUUGGAGAUACUGACUUCAAGAAGCUAUUACAGGAGGACGUCAGUGUCUCUCUAGCUAUGCUUGGAUACAUGCAGAACAUUGCCAGACGCGACCGUAAGGGACGUCAGAUGGGUAGUGACGCUGAGAGUGGUGCCACACGCAUCGCUCUGUUCGAUGCCAAGUCAUACGAUCGCGAGACCUUUGACAAGGAGAACGAAAAGUACAACUUUGAAAUCACAUACUUUGAGACCCGUCUGGGUCCCGACACCGCGGCGCUGGCUGCUGGCUACGAUGUCGUUGUAGUGUUUGUAAACGAUGAUGUGUCUGAUAAGACCGUUCGUGCGCUUUCCCGCAAUGGAGUGAAGAUGGUUGCCAAUCGAUGCGCCGGCUUCGACCGUGUUGACUUGAAGGUUGCUGACGCUAUGGGCAUCCCAGUGGUGCGUGUGCCCGCUUACUCGCCUUACGCUGUAGCGGAGCACGCGGUGGCUCUAUGCCAGACGCUUAACAGAAAGCUGCAUAAGGCUUACAAUCGCAUUCGUGAAGGUGACUUCUCACUGGGCGGACUUGUGGGCUAUGAUCUCCACGGCCGAACCUGUGGUGUAAUCGGAACCGGAAAGAUUGGUCAGUGCCUAAUCGACAUCAUGAUCGGAUACGGCAUGAAGAUUGCGGCAUACGACAUCUACAUCAACAAGACAUACGAGGCUAAGCCCGAGGUUACAUAUAUGUCUCUAGACGAAGUCCUGGCCUGCUCAGAUGUGAUCUCCAUCCACUCACCUCUGCUGCCUUCCACCCACCACAUGAUCAACGCCGAAACCAUCGCCAAGAUGAAGAAGGGUGUAACCAUCAUCAACUGUGCGCGUGGAGGUCUGAUUGACACAGACGCGCUUCUAGACGGUCUUAAGAACGGACAAGUGGGUGGGGCUGGGCUGGAUGUGUACGAGGGAGAGCAGGGAUACUUCUUUGAGAAUUGGAGCGGGCGUGUGAUCCAGGAUGACCGCCUGGCUAACCUGGUGUCUAACACCAACGUGCUGAUCACGUCACACCAGGCGUUCUUGACGAUUGACGCGCUGGAGGCUAUUGCGCGGGUGACGCUAUCUAAUGUGAAUGAGAUGUUCAACGAGGGUAAGAACGGUGCUGAGCUCACCAACUAUGUGGCCCCACCCCCCAGCAAGUAAAUGCAGGUGCUGGUAUCAACCCUAAAACACGAGUAGUAUAUAAGUAUCAGUCAGGUAUGACAGGUGAGACGCACCCAAUCCAAUAUAAAUAAAAGCCAGUCAAAGUAACCAUACCACGGUCAUGUUCACUUCUAGGCUGGGAAGAUUGUCCCCACCCCCCAGCAAGUAAAUGCAGGUGCUGGUAUCAACACGAGCAGUAUAUAAGUAACAGUCAGGUAUGACAGGUGAGACG